UCAUUAUUUGCCAUCUCUGUGGGCGGACACAUCACCUGGAUGAUUCCAGUGCACCGUCUGAGGAGAAUAUAAAUGCAGAUAGGUAUUUGUGUAUGGACACAUGAAGAGGACACACCUCACGCCUCCCAGAAAAGCAAAGCAAGAGAAGGAGGCCGAGUCACAGCUUCACAUUCAUCAACUUUUGGACGUCCCACAAAAAUUGAGUAAUAGAGGUCACUGGCUCAUAGAAAAUGUUUGAAAAGUUGCAGAAAAAAAUCCAAGACCAUCUGGCUGAACGAAGAAGUCAACGAAGCAGACUUGUGACCAAAGAUGGCCGCUGCAACAUUGAAUAUGGAAACAUAAAGUACAGCAAACACUUUGCUUUUCUGGCUGAUUUCUGGACCACCUUUGUGGAGAUUCGGUGGCGUUUUGUCAUGUUGUUUUUCAUUGCCUCUUUCACCCUCAGCUGGUUCAUUUUCGGCUUAUUGUGGUACUGGAUAGCUCGCAGUAAUGGAGACCUGACGUGGCAAAACAGUCCUGAGAACCACCGUGUGUGUGUUAACAAUGUUGUUGGACUCACCACAGCGUUCCUGUAUUCACUUGAAACCCAGAUGACUAUUGGGUAUGGUGGGCGAGCGAUCACACCUCAGUGCGCUGGAGCUGUGGCCCUCAUCAUCAUACAGUCCCUCCUUGGAGCAAUUAUCAACUGCUUCAUGUGCGGCAUCAUCCUUGCCAAAAUCUCUUUACCCAAAAAGAGGGCUAAAACCAUCACAUUUAGUGAUAUGGCAGUCAUUAGCCCAAGACAUGGUGCUCUUUGUUUAUCAAUCAGAGUUGCCAAUCUACGCAAAACCCUAAUGAUUGGAAGCCAGAUCUACGGUAAGCUCCUUAGAACAACCACCAAGCCCGAUGGUGAGACAGUCAUCUUGGAUCAGGUGAACAUCGACUUCAUGAUGGAUGCUGGGAAGGACAAUCUCUUCUUUGUGUGCCCUCUCACACUGUACCAUGUGAUCAACAAGAGCAGCCCGUUCUUUGAGAUCGCAGUGGACACGCUCCACAAGCAAGAGUUUGAACUGGUGGUAUUCCUGGAUGGCACAGCAGAGUCCACCAGCUCGUCCUGCCAGGUCCGGACUUCCUUUAUUCCUCAAGAGAUCAUGUGGGGCUACAACUUCUUACCCAUCAUCUCCCGGACCAAAGAGGGCAAAUACAGAGUAGAUUUCUCAAAUUUCUCCAAAGUGGUGCCAGUGGCCACUGCACACUGUGCCUACUGUUUCCACAACAUCGAGGGAAACCAUCAUCAUUCCAGAGAUGGACAAGACAACAAGUGUUUCGAUGAGGUGAUUGACAUCAAUGUAACCCCAGAAAAACCAAGAUGUAAAAAGUCCAAGCUCGGGUCGCAUGUCUAACAGAUGAAUUAUUUCAGACUGUAAACUGGUGCUGGAAGUCGGAGGGGUGGGGGGGGCGGUGUUUCAACACAGUGUGUUGUAUUUACAUAUGAAAUAGAGAAAAUACUUGACAAUGUGUGGGUUAGGUGACAAAAACCUGUUUUCAGACCACAUUGUGGAAUACCAAGAAGCAGCUUAAAAGGAACGGAAAAAUACAGAUUUCCCAACUGUUUGAUAAAAAUGUGUGCCCGUCCUGUAAAUGCAGAUCAUGCAUUGAUUCAAAUGUACAUCUGGCCUUGCACGAGUUUUACAGUGAUCUGAGAUACAUAGAAACAUAAUAUUUCUAGUUACUAUGUUCAAUAGUUUUUCAGUGCUGCUGUAUUUAAAGAAGCAGGGUUGGGCUCAGUCUUUUCAGUGUGUGAUGUAUCUGUGCUUUUCUGCUUGAGUGAAUGCAUUGUGAGCAAGAUCCCAGGAAACACUUCAGUGAUGGCUGCAUGGAGCAAAAUCUAUUUUGUUUGCAAGUCGUUUGGUAUUUUAACUUCAGGGGGGACAGGAUUUCAAAUAAAAGGCAUUUUUGCAUUAAAAAACCACUUGUGUCGUUCUGUGUAUUCUAAAGUCUGGUACCAGGAUUUUGCCUUAAAAGGUCAGAGAAGCAUCAUACCACAAGCCAACAACUUUGGUGAGUGGUAUGUAUAAACAAAGUGAAGUUGUGACAGCAAACUGUGAUAUGCAAGGAGCAAUGGCAAAAUGCCAGAACAGCUUUAUUUUGCUUGCAGGUUCUGAACAUGAAACCAAAAAUCUCAUUUUUUCCAAGAAUCUGCAAAACCUUGUUCCAUGUUUGGCAUCUGCAUGGUGCAAUGCAAUUCAGAAACACUCCCCUCAGAACGUACGGUGCAUCCGGAAAGUAUUCACAGUGCUGCACACGUUCCACAUUUUGUUAUGUUACAGUCUUAUUCAAAAAUGGAGUCAAUU